AUGUUACCUACCCCAAUCUCAUCGCCACAUCACAUUCCAUCCCGAAACCUUUCCGGCCAGCCCUGGAGACCCUGGAGUGUUCCCCUUGAUCCACUCCACACAGAGCGGAAGCUCUGUGGCCUCCUCAACAAAGUCACAAAGUCCAAUUUCGAUCGUAUCUCCGACGCGGUUGUCGAUUGGGCACUCACAAUGGAGCGGACGGAGGACAUGCCGAGCAUCACUCGCUUUGCAUCCGUUAUGCUAACGCGGGGCGUCUCAGACAGGAUGCGCGCGAAGGUAUAUGGGGAAUUGUGCCAGAGGAUAAUGGACGAAGUGCAAAGUGAACGGGUCCGCUGCGGGAAGGCCGAUCCGUAUCUCCUGGACGAUCCAUUUAGGUCCGCCAUGCAGGCUGCUGUCCAGAGCGAAUCCGAGCGAAUCCUGGAGGAGGGGGAUAUCCAGGAUCUGGCUGCUCUGACCCAUUUCAUUACCGAGCUCCUGAUGCACGACGUUUUGGACGUAGAGAAAGCUGGCGACCUCUUCGACAUGUUCUUCACUGAGACAGAAAACGGUAAUGAGGACUACGCCGUGAUCCUUUACAGAUCUUUGUCACGACUGGUGCAUGCACCCGAGAUUAUCGACUCUCUCGAGAUCGUAGAAAGAAUCGAACGAUUGCUGCGACAAGGCUCGAUAUCUCUCAAAGUUCGCUAUUUGAUGAUGGCUGUGCUGAAACGGGCUAAUGAUCACGAACCGCAAGAUUCAUUCGAGUCAUCACAUCCGAGGGCCGAGAUAUAUGGCAUUGUUUCAGUUGGCAACGUCGACAAUGAGCUGCGCACUCGAGAUCCAGAUGACCUCCAACAAAUGUGCGAUGAUGCAGCAAAAGGUUUUGUGCUGUCGAAGGUACUCACGUCGGCAGAGGACGUAUUCGGGUCGCUAGCAGCGAAAGAUCGGCAUUUAUUCGUGGCUAGCCUCGUCUCGGUUGCGGUGUCGUCUCAGGCUGGCGAUGAAGCAGACGCUACAUUGGUCGCUUCGCUAUUUGGGCUGAACUCCGUGCAAGAACUUUGUCCGGUCCAGGACGCUUUCAUCCCGGGUUUUGAGGGCGAAAUCUCACGCUUGGGGACCACCGUCCUAGACAUUCCUAAGGCGUAUCGCCGUGUGGCUAUCAUGAUGAAUAGUUGCGGAAUGAGUCAAAGCGUCGUCGAGGAUUUGGUCUUGAGAGUAGCCAGAACCAGGCGUGGUCUCAUAGAGACUCUUCUCUCCGAAUUUGAGACCGUCGUAACAGGUCAUAAGCGCGAAUCCUACCAAGGGAUACCGUAG